AUGAGCUUGACGUGGACGCGCAAAGAGAAAAACGCUCGUUCCCGUGAGAGGACGCGCUCUGCACAUGCGCACUGAGGACAGAGCCCACAGACACGCAUACGACACCGGUGGGGGUUUCAUGUGUGUUUUUUGUGAUGCGUUGCAUUACAGCCGGAGACGCUGAGAAUUUGAACGUGUUCGUGUGCAUCAAUGAGAGAAAACGUUUGUGUUAAUGUGAACACAACCUCGGUCAUCUGCUCAGAGUUGAAUGCGACUUGCAGCGUCCUAAUAAGAGAUAGUUAUUUAUGUGGGAGUUUUUGGAGGUCGGGUCUCUGCGUUCACAUGAUGAAUCGGUGGAGAUACGAAACUCAAUCGUUCAUAAGACUGCUUUAGUAAUUUAACACGCACAAAUCCCAAUACAGAAUUGCUACGCCAGUUGAAAUCGGAUCGAGCGUCUUCGGAAAAUAUUACAGCACACCGGGCUGUUGACAAAUCCAUAUUUAUUUAAGAGACACGACACACAAGAUGGACGUCAGCGUGUCCGUGUCGUGCUUUCACGACGAGCUCGCCUCUACUGUCGAGCGCGCACUCAAAGCUGCCGUGGACACCGUCUUGUGGGAAAUUACAAAAACCGUGGGGGGCAGGUUUGCUGAAAAAGAGAAAGAGAACGAAAAACUGAAGCUGAGGCUGGAAAUGUCGGAGCGGGAGCUGAGAGCGAUGCGAGAGUGCCUGAUGAUGAGCGCCGCCCGAAGUCCGCCAUCAGCCGUCAGCUUCAGUCGUGCCGUACAGAACUAUACCGAGGACGGGACCGGAACGUGCGUCCGGUUCAGGGAGCAGCUGAACGACCCGCGAGUCGCCGAGGACCGUGCGUUUGCAGCCGAGCAGAGACCCGUUUUAAUCGAGGAAGUCGAAACCAAGGAAAACCUUAACUGUGACGAGAUUGGAGAAAGAGCGAUAACAGACACAGGUGCUGCGGGGAAACUGGCCUAUCAGACGACAAGACCAGAGACAGAGACAGAGCUGGUGCCUGUUAAAGAGGAACCCAAUGAGUCUGUCCACAGCCAAGAGGACGGGAGUGCAAUAGAGACUGUCCACAGCCGUGGACGUGGAGCUGAAAUAGAAACUGUCCACAGCCGUGAAUAUGGAGCUGAAAUAGAGGCUGUCCACAACCGUGGAUAUGGAGCUGAAAUAGAAACUGUCCACAGCCGUCAAUGUGGAGCUGAAAUAGAGGCUGUCCACAACCGUGGACGUGGAGCUGAAAUAGAAACUGUCCACAGCCGUCAAUAUGGAGCUGAAAUAGAAACUGUCCACAACCGUGGAUAUGGAGCUGAAAUAGAAACUGUCCACAGCCAUCAAUAUGGAGCUGAAAUAGAAACUGUCCACAGCCAUCAAUAUGGAGCUGAAAUAGAGGCUGUCCACAACCGUGGACGUGGAGCUGAAAUAGAAACUGUCCACAACCGUGAAUAUGGAGCUGAAAUAGAAACUGUCCACCGCCGUGAAUAUGGAGCUGAAAUAGAAACUGUCCACAGCCAUCAAUAUGGAGCUGAAAUAGAGGCUGUCCACAACCGUGGACGUGGAGCUGAAAUAGAAACUGUCCACCGCCAUGAAUAUGGAGCUGAAAUAGAAACCGUGCGCAUUAAAGAGGAGCUCCCUGAACUCGAAUACUCUUGCACUGAAGUCCCCGACUCGGACCAUAACAACACCCGUGUCCACGACGAGCAUUCGGAACCGUCGAGCCGCCCUCCCGUCUUGGGAAUCGCUCCGGGUGAGAAACCGCACCGCUGCCCCGACUGUGGGAAGAGGUUCCGUCGCCUGGCUCACCUCCGAGACCACCGGAGAAUCCACACGGGAGAGAAGCCGUUCCACUGCGAGGACUGCGGGAAACGGUUCAGCCGUCUGGAGCACCGGAAGAUCCACCAGCGCAUCCACACGGGAGAGAAGCCGUACCACUGCGCCGCCUGCGGGAAACGCUUCAAUCAGCUGUCUGCUUUUAAAACUCACCUGCGCAUCCACACGGGAGAGAAGCCCUACCGCUGCGACGCGUGCGGCGCCAGGUUCACGUACUCCCAGCAGCUCAAAACGCAUCGCUGCCAGGGGCCGGCAAACAGCAGGGAGAAUUCACACUCGGACCGCGCAAACUGGAAGACGCCGCUUCAGUACGGGUUAUAAACAGCGGGAGACAACGGCCAAUGAGAGUUUGGGAUUUGUGUUCUAAGGAAAUGUGGUCAGUGCAAGCGUGUGAAGUCAUUCGUGGCUUUCAGGAAUUUGAUACAGCAAGCGUUUUUUGUCAGUAAACUCUUGUUUUUUAGAAACGGUCCAAAACAAAAACAUCGCAGCGAGACUUCUUGCUGGAUUUCCAAAAGCCUCGACUCCAGUUUUUUUAUGAAGGAGACAAAAACAUCAACAUAAAACUAGAAGGGAACAGCCAGGCGCUGUAUUUCAGUAGCAGUGGGUUUUAAAAAGUCGCACGGACAGCUCCUGAACAUGUCGACUGUGUUUAUUCUCCUCGGCAGGAAUCGCAGGUACAAAUACUCAAACGUACUAGAGAACGAUUUCUCAUACCACUCAGGGGAGUCGGUCUCCUGUACCCCGCUUGCCAGCCCUGGUCACAUGACACAAAGGGGGGAUAGGGGGUCUAUAAAGCAGCAACAGCACCAUCUAGUGGUCGGCAAACUCCAACACAGCUCGCUCCAGAGUGAGAGAUCGCUAAACCCUUCUGUACAGAUUUGGAUUGAUGUAUAUGUGUAGCUGUGGCAGGACGUUUUGCAUCACA